AUGAGUCCAACGGCUGUAGCUGAAGUUGAGGCACAAAAGAAGAGAGUAUAUAUGGAGUAUUCCGCUGCUAUGUAUACUCAAUUGACCAGGCUUUUCAUCCAAGUCCCUGUCUUUGUCGGCUUUUUCCUUGCUAUUGAGAACAUGGUGGAAAAGGUUCCAUCUUUUCAAACUGGUGGGGCAUCUUGGUUCAUCGACCUUACCACUGUUGAUGCAUUCUAUAUUCUUCCUUUAUUGGCUGCUAUUUCAUGUUGGAUAACUGUCGAGGAAGGAAAGCGUGGUGGUGUCUGGAAAAAUAUUGCAAGGGAUGAUGUUGCUCUUACGCUUCCCCUUACAGCAAGUUUCCCAAACGUAUCUAUCACAUCACAACUCUUUUUCUUAAUUAUGAAAAUUCCAACCUUCUCACUUGUUGAAACUUUGUAG